UUGCCAGGAGACGGCGGCGCCCAGAGUUCGCGGCGGAGUUGAGCGCGGCCCUGUAGGAGAGGUUGUUGGGCAGCUUACCCCGGGACUCGGACCCCCUCGUUUUACCCUCCUCCCUCCACUUCCCUAUCCCUACCCUUGUCCCCGGCAAAAAUGGCUGCGGCAGUGGUGUCGCCGGUAGGUGUGGAGGAGACGGUGAUUCGGGGCCGCGGCGGGGACGCGGCCGGGGAGGGCUUGUACGUGGAGCGGGGCCCUGGUGCGGCCUACCACAUGUUUGUGGUGAUGGAAGACCUGGUGGAGAAGCUGAAGCUGCUGCGCUACGAAGAGGAGAUCCUGCGCAGAAACAACCUGAAGCCCCUGUCCAGACAUUACUUUGCUUUGCCUACCAACCCAGGUGAACAGUUUUACAUGUUCUGCACUCUUGCUGCUUGGCUAAUUAAUAAAGCAGGAUGCCCCUUUGAACAACCACAGGAAUAUGAUGACCCCAAUGCAACAAUAUCUAAUAUAUUAUCUGAACUUCGAUCAUUUGGGAGAUCUGCAGAUUUUCCUCCAUCAAAAUUAAAGUCAGGUCAUGGAGAACAUGUGUGUUAUGUGCUUGAUUGUUUAGCUGAAGAAGCUCUAAAAUAUGUUGGUUUCAGUUGGAAAAGGCCAGUAUACCCAGUAGAAGAAUUAGAAGAAGAAACAGUUCCAGAAGAUGAUGCAGAAUUGACAGUAAAUAAAGUAGAGGAGGAAAUUGUGGAAGAGGAGACUGAUAAUGAAGAAAACUUUAUUGAUCUCAAUGUUUUAAAGGCACAAACCUACCGAUUGGAUAUGAACGAGUCUGCCAAACAAGAAGAUAUUUUGGAAUCGACAACAGAUGCUGCAGAAUGGAAUCUAGAAGUGGAACGUGUACUACCACAACUGAAAGUCACGAUUCGGACUGAUAAUAAGGACUGGAGAAUCCAUGUUGACCAAAUGCAUCAACACAAAAGUGAAAUUGAAUCUGCUUUAAAAGAGACAAAGGGAUUUUUGGACAAACUCCAUAAUGAGAUCAGUAGGACCCUGGAAAAGAUCAGCAGUCGAGAAAAAUACAUCAACAAUCAGCUUGAGCACUUGGUUCAAGAGUAUCGUGCUGCUCAGGCCCAGCUGAGUGAGGCAAGGGAAAGAUACCAGCAGGGAAAUGGAGGAGUAACUGAAAGAACUAGAAUUCUUUCCGAGAUUACAGAAGAAUUAGAAAAGGUAAAGUUGGAAAUGGAAGAAAAGGGCAGCAGCAUGACUGAUGGUGCUCCUUUGGUAAAGAUUAAACAGAGCUUAACCAAACUGAAGCAAGAAACAGUCCAAAUGGACAUUAGAAUUGGUGUAGUGGAACACACAUUACUCCAGUCAAAACUAAAGGAGAAGUCAAAUAUGACUAGGGAUAUGCAUGCAACAAUCAUUCCAGAAUCUGCAAUAGGUUCUUAUUAAAAUUUAUUGUACUUUG